AUGAGGCUCACUAUAUUGCUGCUCUUCUUGGCUGUAUCAGCGCAAGCAGGCCUGCUUGAUAAAGCGAAAGACUUUUUCAAAAGAGGCAAUGUGAUUGAUAGGAUUAAAAACGCGACCCUCACUAGAUUUGGAAAGGUCAGCGACAUUGAGGACUGGCCUUUCUCAUUUGGCAGCAAAUUGAACCAAAUCAAGAAAAAGGCGAUAGAGAAGCUGAAACACACAUUGCAAAAGAAGAAGACGGAACUAGAGCGCAAGAUGAAGGCAUGCGGCAUGCAACAAUUCAUAAAGUGGCUCUCUCUCAGGAAACAAGCCGAUGAAGUCCUGGAAGCUGUCGACGGAACCCGCGACCGAGAGAAGAGACAAGCGUUCAAAGAUAAAAAUUAUCCCAAUACCACAUGGCACGGAGCAGAAGUCUUUUACAAGUUUGACUACAGCGCAGCUGAGCACAGUAUCGUGUUGAUGCAAGAGGAAGGCUGCUGGUCGUACGGAGGACGCCUUAGAGGCGAACAACCUCUUUCGCUCAGAGUGGGCUGUGAGGAGGUCGGAACUGCAGCACAUGGACUCGGUUACGCUCUUGGUCUUUUCCAUACAAUGUCUCGUUACGAUCGAGAUGACUUCAUAACUAUCGCUUUGGAGAAUGUUCGAGUAAACCAUCACUUACAAACCUCCAUCAAGUUGAUAGAGCGUAUCGUUAGAGUAUUACAGAAAGAUUUCGUGGACCAGUACAUCAAGGAGACACCUGAAACCACCACCAACUAUGAUCUUACCUAUGACUACGACAGCAUCAUGCAUUACGCCAAAUGUCUGAAUGCCAAGUCUCACCAAUGCGAGAAUGGUGGAUUCCCUCACCCAGAAAGAUGCUCGGAAUGUAUUUGUCCCGGCGGCUAUGGCGGGGCUUCCUGCAAUGAGCGACCUUCCGGAUGCGGAAGAACGUUAGUGGCGAAACAGAGCAAGCAGUUCCUCAUUGACAUACUCGGCUACGGUGAUCCUGUAAGGGAUGAAUUCGCUUUCUGCAACUACUGGAUUGAAGUAUGCGAUUGA